AUGUGCAAAUUCAUACUUGUAAUUCAUCUUUGCGGUCAUCGCUCACUUCUCACCACUGCGAAAUUCACAAAGCUUUGUGAUACUGCCUUGAACAUCCGCCUAAUACAAGGACUUGACGGCCCACCCGCUUCCUGUUACCCACUCCCUGAGGAUUGUUACAGCAACGAUAUGGUCGCUCACGCCAACGUGGAUUUGGGACCAUGUGACGCCUGCGAGGACGAUGCCCACUGGGAGCGCGAUUGCCGAACUAUCGCAGAGCUGGACGCCAAAGUUAGAUCUCUCCUAGUCUGCAUUGCGGACGUCCAGGGACCUCUACAACGUGCAUUCACCAAUCCCGAGAGCAAAAUAUUUGCGAGAAUCCCAUCGAAAACCUUACGUAGAUACUUGGAGUCUGCAAGCAUCGAAUUCACAUUCGGAGACAUGUUUGACGACUCUCUUCAACAGGUUUGGGACUCGCUGAACCAGCUCCAGGGAAUCCUUCAGCAAGAUUAUCCGAGAGAAGUUGUGAGCCACCUCGUGUCACACAUCCACCGCAUGAUCGCAGACAUGGAGAUUCGAUUGGCAUUCCUACAUGAAAUCAUGAAAGAGCUAGACAAGGAUGACUUGUACGAGAUGAACACCCGACGUCGCCUUACGCAUCUUUGCCAUGAACUCUGCAAAUCAAUCGGUCUCGACGAUUCCAUCGAAUUUCCGAUCAUAAAUCGUAUAGAACAAGAGCGCCCACACGAUUGCCUAAACACGGUUGAUCGAUAUACAGAAUAUGAUUUUCUGCAGGGUCGUCGUCGACAUCAACGAGCAAAUGCUGAGAAGAACCGCGUGCGCAGAGCGGACAGAAAGUCGUGGUACGAAACGCCCUCCACAUAA